GAUUACUGUAACCUAAUCUGAAUGUAUUUUGGCUUCAGCAGGUCCAAGACAGGCGCCUGUAUGUGCAAGCUUUGUAUGUAUAUCGUGUUAAACAGGAGUGUAUUAUGCAGCUGCUGCCGAGUGAAAUCACGCUGGAAAUCCUCGACUCAGCUGGAACAUCUUGUGCCCGUGUGAACUCGCGGUUUGAGCAGGAGAAAGAAGUGCGCAUGAAAAAAGGGAAGCAGCGGGACUGACCAAUGGGAUGACAGUUCCGUUGGGGUGAACUCCUGUCUGUCAAAUCAGAUGGUGUUUUAUUGAGCGGCUCUUCAUCCGGCACUAUAAAAGCUGCCACGAGACGGCGGUGUGAGUGAGAAUCCAUCUUGGGGAGCAGUCGCAGCUCGGGACGCGCAGACGGCGAUAAAACACUCGAAAUGGCCGACGCUGAGCAGCAGUUCAUGGAAACCUCCGAGAACGGCAACGGAGAGGAGCUGAACGGCGCCGGGGAGCAGCUCGAGGCGGGCGACGACUGUGCGGCUCAGGAUGAAUCUCAGAACGGAGAUGGAGGACAGAUUGACGCCAGCAAGGGCGAGGAGGAUGCCGGAAAAAUGUUUGUUGGUGGACUUAGCUGGGAUACAAGCAAGAAAGAUCUAAAGGACUACUUCUCCAAGUUUGGGGAAGUGACUGACUGUACCAUCAAAAUGGAUGCAAAUACUGGUCGAUCGCGUGGGUUUGGAUUCAUCCUCUUCAAAGAAGCUGCAAGCGUAGAAAAGGUGUUGCAGCAGAAGGAACACAGACUAGAUGGUAGACACAUUGAUCCCAAGAAAGCAAUGGCAAUGAAGAAGGAUCCAGUUAAAAAAAUAUUUGUUGGUGGCCUUAAUCCUGAAACAACUGAAGAAAAGAUUCGGGAGUACUUUGGGGCAUUUGGGGAGAUUGAAGCUAUUGAAUUGCCCACGGAUCCAAAGACGAACAAAAGGAGGGGGUUUGUCUUCAUUACGUAUAAGGAGGAAUCCCCUGUGAAGAAAAUCAUGGAAAAGAAAUACCACAAUGUUGGCGGAAGCAAUUGUGAGAUUAAAAUUGCUCAGCCCAAGGAAGUUUACCAGCAACAGCAGUAUGGUGGACGUGGUGGAUAUGGAGGACGUGGCAGGGGUCGUGGUGGCCAAAACCAGAAUUGGAACCAGGGAUACAACAACUACUGGAACCAGGGCUAUGGUGGUCAAGGCUAUGGCUAUGGUGGUCAGCAAGGCUAUGGCAACUAUGGGGGUUAUGGCAAUUAUGACUAUUCUUCUGGCUACUAUGGCUACGGUGGUGGAUAUGACUACAACCAGGGCAAUACAAGCUAUGGAAAAACUCCAAGACGUGGAGGCCACCAGAGUAGCUACAAGCCAUACUGAUCACGUGUAGUGCAGGCCGUAAGUAUUUUCAUCCCAAGAACCCAUAAUGGCAGCAACAGCAGCAGGAGGUCACUCAAGAUGGGACUUUGGUAUGAUGGGACUCAUGCUCCAUUUGUACAGGACAACAAAUGAAUGGGGAAGCAGUGUCACUUUUCCACACUUUUUUUCUUUUCCUUUUUUUUUUUUUUUUUUUUUUUUCUUUGUCCACAUUUCCAGGCAUGGAAGUGUAAUUUUUACUGUACUUUUUGGUACCUUUUUUGAAUAAUGUAUUGUAUGGUUGUAUUUUACAUGUUGACUGGAUUUACAGCAUAUGAAAAUCAGGAGCCACCAGAGCUUUUGAAAUAAAACAUUUUUGAGAUUUUUUUCCCAGUGUUUCAAGAUUUACUAUUUCCUGUUGCUGCAAGUUGCAUGUCUGCAAACCUGCACCAAGUAAUGGAGGGGUAAUAAGGGGUUCUAGAUCAGUAUCGGUAAAAUGUCUAGAGAAUGUCAGCGUUUGAGUAGUGUUGCAUUGGUCAAGUUUCAGUUUAUUUUGGAUUAAGUUUUAAUUUUACAGGCCUGAUGAAGAUUAAGCUUAAGUGGCUUUUCUGCCUUUAUUGGAAUCUCAUUCCUCUAGUGUCAUUGACAUUGUUAGAAAUAAACCUUGUUUAAUAUUUCUGUGCAUCUUUUCUGUAUUUGUAAUUUAUUCUGGUUAUGGGUUAAUGUUGUGUUAAUGCUAGUGUUAAUGUUGUGCCUGUGUCUUUUUGUUUGUUUUGGUGUUUGAGUACAUGCUGACAUCACAUCUGCUAGACCAUUUAGCAUAACUUUAAUGAGGCAUCUUGUCACUAGGUAGCCACUUACUGUGUGCCCCCCCCCCCCCCCCUCCUCCCCAGCAAGUGAGUGAUGGCAAAUUUGCAUUGAAGCUGGCAGCUGUUAUUCUGGUACUUAGUGCUGUAGAGUGUGCAUGGAAUUACAGUAGCUUCACAUGAGGUGUCACAGUGGUGGUUGCACUGGAGUCCUGCUGGUUAUAUUAGUUGCUUUGCUGUAGUAGGUGCAGUUCAAAAUCUACCUCUUCCAAUUUGCAGCCUGACUUUUAGUUAUUCAGUGUCCAUGGUUAUGGUGUUGAACGUUAAUCAUAGCUAAGAGCAGACUAUAGUCUCAACAACUGACCACAAAAUUGCACCCUGAACUGUCUUGACCUUGUCUUUACAACAAACUCAAGUAUGGAUUUCUUAAAAUGCAUUUGGCGGGAUGCAAUUUGAACCACAAAAAAAAAAAACUAAGGUUGGCCAAUAUGCCUUGUGCUCAAGUGAUCAGUGUAGCAAUGUGCUCAAAAUAUCAAAGGUGAUGCUACUGGUGUUUUCUGUUCCAGCUUCCUCAGGAAAAGUACAUGUUUGUUGUGUAGUGUGAAAAUGAAUUGAAGUGCUAAAUGGCCCACCUUUUAUAAGAUGUGACUUUGUAUUAGAGGCCAAAAUCCUGGGUCUCAUUUAUAAAACACCUUAAAGUGAA